AUGGUUGCUUUCGGACGUCUUGCCAUCAUCUCAUUGGCUGCUUCAGCCAACGCAUUGUCUCUCUUCUCCGUCUUCCAGAACGUAGCUGACAAAGCAAUGGAGUCGGUUAAUGAUAAGAUUGGCCUGUCAGGCCAGAUUAUCCACACGUUCCCCGGCCAGGACGAGAGACCAGUGCCAGGAAACUCGCCUAUCAUCCAGUGUGACGCCAAGACUCCACAAAUCUUGGACUUGCAGAGGGUUGUGAUUGACCCUAAUCCUCCAGCCAAGGGUCAGAACUUGACAUUUGUUGCCACUGGUUUUUUGUCUGAAGACAUCACUGACGGUGCAUACGUGGACGUGGAUGUCAGAUAUGGCUACAUCCGUUUGAUACACCAGACUUUCGACUUGUGCGAGGAGGUUACCAACGUUGACUUGGAGUGUCCAAUCAAGGAAGGCCAGCAGAUUAUCUCCAAGCUGGUGGAGAUCCCUAACGAAGUGCCACCAGGAAAAUACAUUGUAAACGCUAGAGCUUACACCAAGGAGGAUGUGCUCAUCACUUGUUUGAGUGCCACCGUGGAGUUCCUGCCAUAG